CAGGCAAGCCGGAUCCUGUCAUAAUCUGGUUUAAGGACAGCACACAGAUCACAGGUGGUCGCUUUAAACUGCUUAGCAAUGGAGACUUACACAUACAGGUAUGUGCACUCAGGCAUGAGUGGGUCAUCUGCUUCUGAUAUCAACUUUUCUAGAUUGGAUUUUUGUUGCACUUGUAAAAAAGCAACAAAUUUACCUUUUUUUCACAGAAUGAAAUAAUUCAUGAGAAUUAUAUUUUCACUGUCAGCUUAUUGUUUAGGCCAUUGCUCCCAACCAAACCUCUUUGUACAUUAUGGAUCAAAGUAAAAUUUCAAAUAAUUUCAAAACUUGCUAAAUAAAUAUAAAUUUAAAAAAACAAAACUUUGUUUUUAAAAAUUUAACAUCCCUUUAAUUGAUUUUGUCUUUAAAAAUGACACAAUUAAUUCACAUUUAAAACCACUGAUUUAAUCAUAUUAUUUGCCAGUUUUCUUAUACAGUUGUAUUUAUUUUCCAUUUUUUUAAAAUCAUGAGAUAAGUAAUAUUUUUCCUGUAAAAAUUAUUAUAAGUUUUUUAAGUUUUUUUAACAUUAGUCAAGAAAUGAGAAUUAAAAAACCAUUUUCUUUUAUCAAUGUCCAUUUUAGUCUGUUGUUCUGGCUGAUGCUGGACAAUUCAGAUGUGAAGCUAAAAAUAUCUUCAACAUGACAAGUGCAGAGAGUCUGCUCAUUACAAGGCGGAAAACGAGAAUAGAAAAGAUGCCUUUUGAUCAGGAGGUGAUAGCAGGGAACGAUGCCAAGUUCACAUGCUCGGCAACCACUGACCCAGAGGAGGUGAAGAACAUGAAG